AUGAAAUUAGAGCUCCUCGCCCUUAAAUGGGCUGUGUCUGAGAAGUUUAGGGGGUAUCUCUUAGGCUCCAAAUUCACAGUUGUGACAGAUAACAACCCCCUCUGUCACCUGAACUCAGCAAAGCUGGGAGCCAUCGAACAGCGCUGGGUUGCCCAGUUAGCGCCAUUUGACUUUGAGGUGCAGUAUCGCCCUGGUCAGUGUAACACAGCAGCCAAUACCCUCUCUAGGCAGCCAUUAGCAGGGGAGCCCCAGCCUACAGGAGAUGAGGAGGAGUUUGAUGAAUGCAUAUCCAACUGUAACCUAGUCAGCAGAGGGACAACACUUGGGCUGGAUUUAGUAAGUGCAGGUGUAAAAUGUUGUCAGGUGAGGCAGGCGCGGGUUACAGCAGUUGAGCAAGACACUCAUUUUACUGAUUCCCAAGGGAAUACACCCACCCUGCCAGGGUAUUCUAAGGAAGAGUUGCGACAGUUUCAGAGCUCUGACCCUACUAUCAAGUCCUUUAGGCAGUUUUGGGACAAAAAGAAGAAACCCACAUACCAGCAGAGGAAAGGUUUGGCUAAAUCUGUGAUUUCUCUGCUCCGGCAGUGGUCACGUAUCAUAGAGAUUGAGGGACUGUUGUAUCGGGUCAUUGAGGAUGGACAUUUGGGGAGGUGUCAGCAGCUCCUUUUGCCAGCUUGUUUAAAGGAAGCUGUACUGGGGAGUGUGCAUGAUCAGAUGGGGCAUCAGGGGGUGGAGCAGACCCAGAAUCUGUUAAGGCAGAGAUGUUUUUGGGUUGGUAUGUAUGAAGAAGUGGACCAGUGGAUUAAGAAAUGCUAUAGAUGUGUGCUCACUAAGUUGCCACAGCCCAAGAUUCAUGCCCCUGUGAAGCCUUUUCUGGCCACUAGACCUCUUGAAGUGGUGGCAUAUCACAGUCCAGGGAAACUAAUCUGCAGAAGUGACCUGUUCAUCACAAUGAAGCUGACUGCUCUGAUUCUCCUCUGGGCACUAUCCAGCACAGCUGGAGCACUUCAGUGCCAAACCUGCACAAAUCAGACGUGUUCAAGCACAGUAACAGUGAACUGUUCUUCAGAGACCAUGUGUGUCACAGCUACUAUUUUAGCUAAAUCCUCUGGAACUACAGCAACACAAAUCUACAAGGCGUGUGCAUCUUCCUCUCUGUGUCCAGCUACGGGCAAUCAGACAUUUUCAGUUGACCUGGGUGUUGAAAGUGUUCUUGCAUCUGCCAUGUGCUGCAACACGGAUAACUGCAACUCACAAAAUCUGCCUGCUCCUACUCCUCAGUCAAGUAACGGCCUACAAUGUAACGCUUGUGCCACCUCUAAGUGCAACACUCCAUUACAGUGUCAGGGAGUGGAGGACCAAUGCUUUCAAUCAAUGAUGAGGGACGGCACCAACAGUUUCCCAGCUUACGGCUGUGCAUCUGCAAACCUGUGUGCAGCUGCUUCAAGCCUGGGUUCUCUACCUUUCAUGCAGAUGGCUGGUACCAUAACAAGUGGACCAAACUGUACUUCACGCACAACCACUGCUGCACCAACCACAACAACAAAAGCUGCUUCAACCACAACUACAGCUGCACCAACAACAACUACUGCUGCACCAACAACAACUACUCCAACUACGACCACUGUUGCCCCAACCACUACAACAACUGCACCAACCACAACAACUGCACCAACCACAACAACUGCUGCACCAACCACAACAAUAGUCGUAGAUACCAGAACAACUUCUGCACCAACAUUGACAACAGCUGGAGCACUUCAGUGCCAAACCUGCACAAAUCAGACGUGUUCAAGCACAGUAACAGUGAACUGUUCUUCAGAGACCAUGUGUGUUACAGCUACUAUUUUAGCUACCUCAUCUGGAACUACAGCAACACAAUUCUACAAGGCGUGUGCAUCUUCCUCUCUGUGUCCAGCUACGGGCAAUCAGACAUUUUCAGUUAACCUGGGUGUUCAAAGUGUUCUUGCAUCUGCCACGUGCUGCAACACGGAUAACUGCAACUCACAAAAUCUGCCUGCUCCUACUCCUCAGUCAAGUAACGGCCUACUAUGUAACACUUGUGUCGCCUCUCAGUGCAACACUACAUUACAGUGUCAGGGAGUGGAGGACCAAUGCUUUCAAUCAACGAUGAGGGACGGCACCAACAGUUUCCCAGCUUACGGCUGUGCAUCUGCAAACCUGUGUGCAGCUGCUUCAAGCCUGGGUUCUCUACCUUUCAUGCAGAUGGCUGGUACCAUAACAAGUGGACCAAACUGUACUUCACGCACAACCACUGCUGCACCAACCACAACAACAAAAGCUGCUUCAACCACAACUACAGCUGCACCAACAACAACUACUGCUGCACCAACAACAACUACUCCAACUACGACCACUGUUGCCCCAACCACUACAACAACUGCACCAACCACAACAACUGCUGCACCAACCACAACAAUAGUCGUAGAUACCAGAACAACUUCUGCACCAACAUUGACAACAGCUGGAGCACUUCAGUGCCAAACCUGCACAAAUCAGACGUGUUCAAGCACAGUAACAGUGAACUGUUCUUCAGAGACCAUGUGUGUUACAGCUACUAUUUUAGCUACCUCAUCUGGAACUACAGCAACACAAUUCUACAAGGCGUGUGCAUCUUCCUCUCUGUGUCCAGCUACGGGCAAUCAGACAUUUUCAGUUAACCUGGGUGUUCAAAGUGUUCUUGCAUCUGCCACGUGCUGCAACACGGAUAACUGCAACUCACAAAAUCUGCCUGCUCCUACUCCUCAGUCAAGUAACGGCCUACUAUGUAACACUUGUGUCGCCUCUCAGUGCAACACUACAUUACAGUGUCAGGGAGUGGAGGACCAAUGCUUUCAAUCAAUGAUGAGGGACGGCACCAACAGUUUCCCAGCUUACGGCUGUGCAUCUGCAAACCUGUGUGCAGCUGCUUCAAGCCUGGGUUCUCUACCUUUCAUGCAGAUGGCUGGUACCAUAACAAGUGGACCAAACUGUACUUCACGCACAACCACUGCUGCACCAACCACAACAACAAAAGCUGCUUCAACCACAACUACAGCUGCACCAACAACAACUACUGCUGCACCAACAACAACUACUCCAACUACGACCACUGUUGCCCCAAACACUACAACAACUGCACCAACCACAACAACUGCUGCACCAACCACAACAAUAGUCGUAGAUACCAGAACAACUUCUGCACCAACAUCGACAACAGCUGGAGCACUUCAGUGCCAAACCUGCACAAAUCAGACGUGUUCAAGCACAGUAACAGUGAACUGUUCUUCAGAGACCAUGUGUGUUACAGCUACUAUUUUAGCUACCUCAUCUGGAACUACAGCAACACAAAUCUACAAGGCGUGUGCAUCUUCCUCUCUGUGUCCAGCUACGGGCAAUCAGACAUUUUCAGUUAACCUGGGUGUUCAAAGUGUUCUUGCAUCUGCCACGUGCUGCAACACGGAUAACUGCAACUCACAAAAUCUGCCUGCUCCUACUCCUCAGUCAAGUAACGGCCUACUAUGUAACACUUGUGUCGCCUCUCAGUGCAACACUACAUUACAGUGUCAGGGAGUGGAGGACCAAUGCUUUCAAUCAAUGAUGAGGGACGGCACCAACAGUUUCCCAGCUUACGGCUGUGCAUCUGCAACCUGUGUGCAGUGCUUCAAGCUGGGUUCUCUACCUUUCAUGCAGAUGGCUGGUACCAUAACAGUGGACCAACUGUACUUCACGCACAACCACUGCUGCACCAACCACAACAACAAAGCUGCUUCAACACAACUACAGCUGCACCAACAACACUACUGCUGCACAACAACUACUCCACUACGACCAUGUUGCCCAACCACUACACAACUGCACCAACCCAACAACUGCUGCCCACCACAACAAUAG